AUGCCACCUGGUGGGGCUGGAAAUAAUCAAAGUGCGUCAUCGUCUUCGACGAGAGGUCAAGUCUAUCAUCAUGGACUACCACCGCCUCCCACCUCUCAUCAUCAGCAUCAUCCACAUCAUCAGUAUGCUGCACAAAACCCAACGGCGCAUCAGUUCUCAUAUCACCAUCCACAUCACCUGCAACAGCAGUAUCAAAGGGGAAAGCCAACAACUGGCGUCAAUCCACAUCAUCCACAUCCAGCACAUCCCCAUCCACCUCACCACCAUGGUCAUGGCCAUACACCACCACAUACACAGUCUGAACUCUUGCACUGGUGGCCACCACCGUCAUCUGCACCAGUACCUCCUCCCUCCUCAAUGUCUCUAUCACAGGCAAGUGCCGUCUCAACAUCGGCCGCAUCAGCUGCUUCACAAUCUUCAACUUCUUCAACUGCAUCUUCUGCAACGACAACAACUACAAAAACUAAGAGAGGCGAUGUUUUAUUUUAAAUUAUUAAUUUAGUCUUUAAGUAAAUAGAAACGACGACAAACAACUACAUAGGAAACAAAAGGACAAAAUUAAUGAAAUUAUAUUGUGUGUAUGUAUUAAUAUUUAAAAAAAGGAUGUAAAAAUUGUAAGAAGUUUUUACGAAACAAAAUCAAUUUGUUUCCCUGGUUUUUUGUGAUGAACUUUGUUAAAGGUAUAUGGAAAAUAUCUUAUGUUUUUAGAUAUUUAUUAUUUUAUCUGUUAUAGGAGAAAUAAUUAAGAAUUGAAACUAUUCAAAUGAAAUUGUUUAAUUUCGAUUUAUUUUCUUUUAAGUUUUAAUUUUCACUUAAAUGAAAUUGUUUAAAAAUAUUAUUAUCAUUCCAUAAAACCAUUCAUAUUCACUUUCUUAAUUGAACUCUGUUUCAAUAUCUAUGAUGGAAAUUUUAUUUUCAACUUUGUGUAAUUUUCAUAUUUGUUUUAAAUCAUAAUAUUUCUCUUCUAGAUGUUGAACAAAGAAGUUUUUUUUUGGAAUUUUUCUUUAAUAUUUUCCUUUAUUCAAAUUGCUAUUAUUUUAUUUUGUUUGACUUUUGGUUUUGAAUCUGUUACAACUUGAAUGAUGGAAAAUAUCCUAAUCCUAAUUUCAAAUGUAUUUUAAAGAAAAAUUUUAUAAAUUCACACAAAAAAUUUCUUAAAAACAUUCGAAUUUAUUGUAAUUUAAUUUUAUCUAGAAUACAUAGUGAAUGCUUUUGUGGAAUGAUGACAAAGGACUUAAUAUUUUUAAAUAAUUCUUGUUCGACCACUAAUUUGUAAAACAAACAUAUUUCUGAGAUUUUCAAAAAAUAUACCGUCUCUCACCUGGCGAUACAGCUGCCGAAAGUGUUACUCAGAACAUUCUGGAGCAAAGAUUCAACUGUAGUCAAAACUGUAGACUACAUUAUAGACUAGACUAUGGACUAUAGACUAGACUAGACUAUAGACUAGACUAUGGACUAUAGACUAGACUAU